GGAGUGUAGUCGUGUUUCUCAGAUAAAGCAUGGCUAAAAGCUUACUCAGUAAGUGGAAAAGGAAGAUGCGUGCCGAAGAGAGGAAAAAGAACGCCCCAAGGGAGCUCAACAGACUUAAAAGUAUUCUCAAAGUUGAUGGUGAUGUUUUAAUGAAGGAUGUCGGUGAAAUAGCAACUGUGGUGGUACCCAAACAGUGCCAGGAGAAAAGGCAGUGUGGAGCCGAUGAUGAAAAGGAUGACAUGAAGAUGGAGACUGAAAUUAAAAGGAAUAAAAAGACACUUCUAGACCAGCAUGGCCAGUACCCAGUGUGGAUGAACCAGAGACAGAGAAAGAGACUGAGGGCAAAGAGAGAAAAAAAGCGGGGGAAAAGCAAAGCCAAGGCAGCGAAGGGCCUGGCCUGGUAGACCCUUAAAAACUGGAGAGUAUUACACGGGACAGAAGUUCAGUUCAGACUGUCUUCAGAUUUCAGCUGUCAUUAAAUGGAAGCUAUUUGUUUUCAUAUUUUAGUUUGGACUUAAUUCUGUAGUUUAAAACAAAAAAAUAACUCAUUUCUGUUGGGUACUUAAAUAAAAUUACUAAUGUGAUG